AUGUCAUCACAUGAUAUAUUAGACGUUUUCAAUGUCCAGAGAAGUGAACCGCCAAAGAAGAAGAAGAAGAUUGAACCAAAGAAACAACUUCUGGGAAUCAACAGAGAGUUAUAUCAGUUACUAGGGGAAAACACUCCAGCGUUACACUUAAAACCAACAUCCAAGUUCAGGAAACGGCUCGAUACCAAUAGUAAAGCAGCUGCUUGGAGAUGGGUGAAGUUUAAAAACAAUUCUCGAGACGAUGGAUUGCAAUUAUCACAUUGGAUGAAAGGAAUCGGUCCAUCCCCAGAAAAGUACCAAUUUGAACAGUAUAAUCAGAAGUUGAAGUUACCAGACCCUGACGAUGUGACUUACGAGCGACUAAUCAAAGAAAAUGACGAGGAAAAUGACUGGACGUGUGAAGAGACAAAGUAUUUAUUCAAGAUGUGCAAAUUAUACGAUUUGCGAUGGAUCAUCAUCAAUGAUCGUUAUAAUUAUCAGGGCCCGGCAAGAUCUUUGGAAGAUCUAAAGCAGAGGUUUUAUUCAGUAUGCCAGAAAAUUCUCAUUGAUGAAAACAAGAUCCUCAAAGAGGCCGGGAUCCUCGAUGAAAAUAAAACCAAACUUAUCGACGCGUUGAAUUUUGAUAAAUCCAAAGAAAUCGAUAGAAAGAAGUAUCUUGAACGACUUUUGGGAAGAAGCCCUGCAGAAAUCGCUGAAGAAGAGCUGUUGGUGAUCGAAGCUAGAAGGUUCGAACAAGCGGCCCAAAAGAUGUUGGCAGAAAGGGCGGCACUUCUACAUUUAUUGGAUUCUCCUGCCAGUACGGCAAAUAUCAGCCAGUACUCUAAUUCACAAGGGCUUGCCCAACUAUAUAACUCGUUGAUGUUUACUGAUAAAUCGAAGAAGCGCAAACAAGAACAAGACACUGCUGUCACCAGCUCUGCCGGAAUGGCUACAGAUUCCAAGAAAUUAAACAAGAAACAGCAACAGCAACAACCACAGCAAUCACAACAACAACCAGAAAUUAUUUCUCCUCAACAAACGACACCACAGCCGGAAAACCCAGUGGCCCAACUCUUGUCGAAAAAACUUACUGCUCAAGAAGAAGCAGCCUAUGGUCUUUCAUAUCAUGCUGAAAGACUCCAACCAGGAGUUCAUUUACGCUCAUCAAAGAUUGCCUCGUAUAAGCCAUCUGUACAAACAAAGGUCAAUUCGACGUUGAAUGAGUUGGGAAUUCCAAACAGACCGGCGAUGAUUAGUAAGAAAAUUGUUGAAAGAUUUGAUAUAUUGACUGAUGCCAUCACCACUUUGUUAGAAACAAAGAAGCAAAUUGACAGCAUAGAGACUGAACAGAAUUUGGUAUGGAACUCCCAGUGA